UGCUCAACGAGUCACAUUUGUUCACUGGACACGAUCAAAAGAUUCAUCAUUAUCUUGACUAUCAUCUUCCAUCGACGUGAGUUGUGCCCCAAACGAACCGAGGGAGGGCCCACCACUUUGCGACGCCUUAUAACCCCUGAAUCGCAAGAUGGGAAACACAAUUCACCCAAUGCAUGGUUCCUUCGUGAAUGCUGACCUUGUAGCGUGUGUUCUACGGGUUUUGCCUAACUUUGAAUGCCUUGCCUCAACAAUAUUGACAUCGAAGGCCAUCUACAACAUCUUUCAACAACAUCCUUGCUCAGUUGUUCGCUCUGUAGCUUAUAACUUGGUUGGACCAGCCUUGCCACAAGCGCUACGUUUCGUCCGAUGCCAAAAUGCGCAACUGUAUUCCAAGCCCGUUGAUGAACUCUUGGGCGAGGAUGAUAUUCAGAAACAUCCAGUGCUUUCCAGCGAGGAUAUCACAAGCCUUGUGGCCAUUUCCACCUCCGUUCAAGAGCUCGAAAGCCUGUUUAGUUGGAGAAUGAAAGACCGAAGAUAUAAGACAAGUCAGCUCUCCUUUGCGGAGUCGACACGAUUCCAGAAAGCCAUGUACAGAUUGUCCUUGUUCUCGGCUGUCUAUGGCCGCAAUGCUUACGAGUCAACUAUUGAACCUGACUCAGAUCAACUUGAAGAAAUCGAUUCGGCACUCGAAGAAGCCAAAGCACUACGAAAAGGCUUCUUCGCAAGUUUCUCCACUCUUGAGCUAAGGGAUAUUCAACGGAUUGAGAUGUUUUUGCGAGGAAUAAUCGUUCGCGCUGAGGGUGUUUACUUUGCUACAAUAUCACCUACAACCUACAGCCCUGAAACAUCAUUUGCGUUAUACUGUGCUCCACACAGAGUGAUCGAUGUGUAUAAGGGGGGGUUAUACUGUAUCACUGAACGGGAUCCCGACAUGAUGGAAGAAAUGUUCUUCAACGACUUCGUGAUUUGGCCUCUAACCUCUGUCCUGGUCGACAGGAAAGAACCGCCUCUUCUUCCCGUUAACCAAAAACAGCCUAUUAUUGAUGAAAUUGUUGGAGAACAUGAUCGGUGUUCGCAAUGUCAAUCCGACACUAUCAAUGGGUUGGAUUUAUGGGGACCAAGUAACUGGAGCUACCUCUGGGGCACCCCACCUCUGCACUCGAUCACGCAAUUACUGAAAGGUCAUGUCGGCGCAAAUCUUGCAGACGGGGUGCAUUUUUUGACUCUGUUGCGGGAGACACCAGCUGAGGAGCUUGUCGGGGGGUUGUUUGACUACAACACACCGGCUUAUAUUACCUGGAACAAAGCAGACUGGCUAUGUUCACAAUGUUUGAACAAGUUCAUACGCGACCAUCUCCACAUAUGGUAUUUGGGCCAGAAGAUUAAGAAAGGAGACGUGAUUCCAGAAAAUUGCUGGUACGGAUAUAACUGUCGUACUCAAACACACAGACUAGCACAUGCGCAGAAACUGAAUCAUUGGUGUGAACCUACUAGGGGAGAUGCACCUCCGACCAAUGUCUGAGGGUUACGGAUUCUUUUACGGAUCAUAGUGUGUAUCUUAGGUUCGGCGCUUUCUACUAUAUACGCGUAUCAAAAUUUAGCAGCGAUUACCCACACUAUGCCAGUGGACCAUGCUGUAUCUGGUUUAGUAAUUGGGGUUAGCUUUGUUUGUAUUCAAGGUUACAUUCAGAAUUGCAUGGCAUCAGAGUG